GACAUGCCGCAUACGUGAACAGCGAAUACUCUUUGACUAAAACCUACUUUGUGUUUUUUUUUUUGUUUUGGUAAAUAUAACCUAUGAAACGUAAACCUCCUUGGAACCCUGUAGCUUUUGUGAAUAACUUGUUUUUUUGUUCUUAAUUUAAUUGUACAUAGUUUAUAGUGGUUCUAUUCAAGUUUGUUUAUAUUUUUUUUUAUCCAAAGCAUAGAGCACCGACCAGACGGCGUUCCAAAUUUAAACGCGCUAUAUUAGAACUAAGUGAUGUGUUGAAUGUAAUCGUAGAAGAAUUCUAGUUCCAUAUUUAAAUUUGUCUAUAGACUAAGUGUAAGUUUAUGUCUGUUAUAAAUAAUGGGAAAGAAAAAGAAAUCGGGCGGGAGAAAAGGAGCUAACAGUUUCUUUCGUUGGAUAAGAAGCGAUUUACCUGAUGAAGAAGAUAAGAAAUCGCCCGUUCUUUUGUUAGGAGUGAACAAGUUAUCGGAUUCUCCAUUUUUCCUGAGAAGAAGACUCACAGACCCUCACUCAUCAGGAUCAAUUAGAUUCUUCCGCCCGCCAAAAUCAAAGUAUACGAGGGGUCUAAAUGGCGAUGAGAGAUUGGAAAAGAUUAGACAAGAUCUUCUGGUUCAUAAGAACAAACCAGACACCUACAUUCCAAAACCUGAGGUCUCAAUAGAACCGGAAACUAAAGGGCCUUGUAUUAAACUAGGCUGCGUCGGUAACUGCAUCUGUGACAGGAAGAAAUCUUCGUCCAACAGAGGCUCUUUUUCAUUUCAUAGGCCAGAAAACAGACAGCCUUCUCUAUGUCCAUCAGAACCCUAUGGUAGAGCUGAAAGUAGAGACAACACAGAAAACGACAUAGAGUUCAAAUAUACGGAACACAUUCCAGAUGUACAACCCUCAAGCAGCAAGCAAAACUCAUACAACGUGACACCGAAGUCCACUGAACGAAGACACAUACUUCUUUCAAACUUGAAUGAGAGAUUCCGCAAAACCCUCAGCUUAGAUUCAAGGAAGAUCGAAACAAAUCGAGUGCUGAGUCUGCCACAGGAACCUAGACCAAAAUCUCUAGUUAAUACAGAUAACAUUUGCGUACAAUACUCGUCGAAAGAUCCCUUCAUUCCGGCUAAUUUAGUAAAAACCAGCCAGCCGAAGAAGAAACGCAAAUCGUUCUUUUCUUUAGACACAUUCUUUGAUUCAAAAAGGUCAGACACGUCCUCCAUAGAUGACUAUUGUUCCUCGAAAUAUAAGCGUUUUGAACUAGAAAGUGAUGACUCUCCAUUGUUCAGACGUGAAAGACCAAGAGAAAGGACACCAGAUCUUCUUAACCUACCUGUAAUCAUAGAUUCCGUGCGAAAAAAGCAAUCAGACACAAAGAGGCAAUUGGAGAAAUUAGAAAACCAUUUUUAUAAGAGCCUGGACAAACGCACAGUUAUUGACGCCGUACCAGCCGAUGCGACAGAGGGACCGAGCGGUAUCAACCAUCUGUACGACGAGGAAGUAGAGUAUAUAGAACCGAUACGAAGCACCUUCACCAGCCAGAGCACCUUGAUACUAGACAAAAACACAGACACGCUGAAACAAGACUCCAUACUGACGAUAAACACGGAGGAAAUUGACAUAAAACUACCAAGUUCAACAGUGUCGCCAGCCUCAAACAAAAUAGAAAAUGACAUAGACAGUAUCGGGGCUUACGAAAUAGAAGUCAAGGAGUGCGAUCUGAAGUGCACUAAGAACUUGGUUGUCAAAGUUAUGGACAAAUCUGUUGACUCGAUUGGAAGUUGUUCCUUAGAUGUCGAUGCUAGUACGGACUUCUCAGAUACUACAUCCGGAAGCUUGAAUCUCCUUACGCCUUCGUCGACGACCAGUAGGAUACGGGAUUUCACUUCCAGGAUACAGGAACGAGCCUCCAACCUCCACACAAUAUCACCGCAGGCUCCAAUAUCACCAGCCAGGACACCAGACACAACCCCAACACCUCGGAAGACUGAUCACCUCCUGAAACCUCCGCCGAAGAUAUACAUUGACACAGCGAGUCACAGGUCGAGGAGUCACUUGAAGAAACGGGACGAACUACCGCAGAAGAAGCCAAGCUACCUGAACCUAGCGUGCUCAGUGAACGGGUACACGAACCUGACAACGUACGAUUCCAAAUUGCGCCAGGACAUCAACAAGAGCCGAGAAGCUUCCCCAAUAAGGCCCAUAACACACACGUACCAGUAUAAAAGUGAGAGCAGCUCACUGUUAGUGCCGAUCCCAGUGAGCGCUAACAAACUGUUGGUACCGAAGUUCGGUCCUAAUGAUACUCGCACUGAUUUGACGCCCAAAGCGCCUUCCAAGGCGCUCACCGACCCACACAUAGCAUCCCCAUUACAUGCCUAUAUGGCAGCAGAAAAUAAACAGCUGAAGAACGACUUCUUAGGGCCAAGCAUGACGACUACCAGUCGUCAGUUUAUAUCGAAUGAGGGCAAGAACUUUGCUGCGUCUAUGUUACACCAGAAGGAUGAGGUGGAUAACGUUAAGGAAAUGACAUUCAAGUCCAGUUACUCGGAGACGAACUUCAGACAGACGGUCAGCAAUGGCAAAGAGAGCAGGUUCUCCUCUGAGUCGUAUACGAUAUCUUCGAAUGGUGUCUCCAAACGGGUCGAGAUCACCAAAGAAAACGGCGAGAAGCUGACGAGCCCCAUGAAGAGCUUCAUACAACAGCGCGUCGAACGCCUAUACGGGCCGGGAGCGCUCGCUCAAGGAUUCUUCAAUCAGAAAAGGCACAAACUGAAGAGUACAAGUGACGAUGAAGACUCGAAGGUGUUGACGGAGAAGUCAUUAAACUGCCCCAGCGAGAGAUUCGUGUCACCACGCAAAACGAACGAAAGCUUUGACAGUGAGAACAUAUGCACCAGUCCCACGAAUGAUACAACAGUGCUGCCUGUACUCAGGCAUCUCAGGCCCGAAUUUCGAGCCCAACUGCCAGUGCUCUCACCGCGGAAGAGCUUGAAAUCCGAUCUCUCGCCUCAGAAGCUGGAACAAGACAUUCCGGAAGCGAAAAAGACUGAAUUGGUCGAAACCAGCGAAGUGACCAAUGGCCUAUCUGUGAUAGAUUUAAACAAACCAGUGAAAGAAAAUUGUGAAAGUGAAAAAGUUAACGGUGAUGUGGUUAAAGAUGGACAUUACUUCUUGGAUUUGGAGAAGAAGGAAACUGAAAGGUUGAUUGCUCUGGCCGUGGGCGCUGAAAAGGAGUUAGAGCACUUGCAGAAUGUUGACAAUGUAAGUGAAGAAGUGCUGGGCUUCCUCCGAGCUGCCUCUGGCAAGGCGAGGCUGUUGGCCACACAGAAGAUGCAGCAGUUUGAAGGUCUCUGCUACAAUCACAUCAACGAAAGCGGCAACGAGCCGUUCCCAACAACACUGGAAGACCUGCAAGGUUUCUGGGACAUGGUGUGCCUUCAAGUUAGGAAUGUUGAGGCUUUGUACCAACAUAUUGAUGUGCUCAAAGCUAACAACUGGCAGGAGGUAUCGUCUCCAGUAAGCAAGCCUGUGUCGUCCCCGGCCAGGACUCGAACCCGUACCCCCGUAGUCAAGAAUGAAAAGGCAAGACUGGCCGCUGAGAAAAGGGAAUCUGAGAGAAAAGCCAUGUUGGAACACCGCAGGCGUGCAGCUCGUGAACGACAGCUGGCAGCUCGGGCUGGACCCUGUGCUGGAGAGAGCUCGCUCGGACAGAACGGAGAAGAGAAUAAGGAGGUAGAAAUAUUUGUAGGCAAAAAUUCAAAGUCGAAGCAGAUACAACAAGGUGACUGUCUCGGUUCGUCAUCAGAAAACUCAUUUACUCAGAGCUGAUCACUCUACCUGUGUAAUAUCCACAUUUGUAUGUCUGCAUUGUAUUACGGAAAACAUUUAAACUAAGCUUCCUGUAGACAUUCAAUUGCCAAUUAUGUUUGUAAUUAAUAGUAUUCGGUUUUAUGUCGGAACUAUCAAAAUCUUCAUCAAAAUUAUUAAUUACUUAGACAUUUUAGAGAAAAUAUUUAACCAGCAAUAUGACAGUGUAAUCGAAUGUAAUGUUUUUUUCAUACAAUAGCUAAUUUUUAAACAUGUGACGAAAUUAUUGGAAUCCUGUAUAAUGGUGUCAACAAACAUACAAAUGUAGAUACGCGCUUGUAUCGUUUAAAAAUUCUUGUAAUGUGAAAAAUUUUGCUGUAUUAUUUAGUACUUUUAUAAAAUAGAAAUACUCUCAUUACUGCCUGAUAUGCACCUGCGAUAUAAUAACAUAAUCUGUAAAAAAAAAAAAGUUAACCGUGUUAAAUAAAUGUAGGCAUUUUAGAGAACACAGUCUAUGAAAUAUGUUAAUCAGGUAUCAAUGAUGGAUUUAUGAUUGUUUAAAAAUAUAUUUAAAAAAAUAAUAAUAUUUUAACUAUUUAUGACGUAUUACGUUAAAAUUGCGGUUAUAUAUGUGCAUAAUUUAAAAUCGGAUGUAGAUAAUAACUGGGAAAGAUACUGAUUUUUAUGUAAUAUUAAAUUCAUGAUUGUACUUCAAUAGUGUUGCUAUUGCAGAAAAUACAUUACGAAAUCAAUGAAUGUAUGACAAAGGCUGAUCAGUUAUUUAUAUUGUUUUUUAAUGAUUCUUUUUUAACUAAACAUUGCCUUGCUCAUUAUUGUGAUCACCAUCAAAACGAAUUAUAAUUAAUUAAUAGAAUAUUUACUCAAUUAUCAAUUUAAGUUUAAUUUUACACUGAUAACACUGUUUAAGAUUGAUAAUAAAUUUCAAUAAAUUAUUGUUUAAAUUGAA